ACAACAUAGGACUCUCCAUCUCGAACUCUCGAAGUCUCCCUUUUUCGCAGUUCAGUGCAUUUAUAAUCUGGGUAAAACAAAACCCUAAUCUUGAAACGGUCAUAUACACGUGCAGUGAACGCUAUGUCGGAGAACGACCCUCUGCCGGAUGAUCUCCGGUGCAAACGGACCGAUGGCAGGCAAUGGCGGUGCAAGCGGCGCGUCCUGGAAGGGAAGAAGCUCUGCGAUCUUCACCACAUGCAGGGCCGCCACCGGCAGAUGAAGCAGAAGGUCCCGGAUUCUCUCAAAUUCGAACGGGCGAGGAACAUAAAGAUCAAGAAUAGCGGCGAAAUUGGGGUCUCCAAGAAGAAAUUGAAGGCUUCUAAGCGGAAACGCUGCGUUUCGGAGGCUUUGGAUGAGGCAUUGAAGAGGAUGGAGCUGAAGAGAGGGGAUUUGCCACUGGAGCUGAUUCGGGUUUUCUUGAAAAGGCAAGUAGAGAAGAGGAAACAGAAAGAGUUGAAGAACUCGGUCGAAUUAACUCGUGAAUUACCCAAUGCUGUUAUGGCUAUUCCCAAUUUGCCUUCUCAUGAUCCUAGCAACUCCACCUGUUCUUCUUCUAACAUUAAAUUGGGAGUGAAUUUGAGCCCGUUCUCAGCCAGACAUUUUCGGUCAAAGAAUAUUGAACCACUUCCCAUCAGUACAAUGCAGGCUCUGCCGUUAUCAAAGAAUAUGAGGAAAGUUAAGAGGAAGAAAUGCCACUGGUGUAGAAGAACCAACUACAGGACUUUAAUCAAGUGCUCAAGUUGCAAAAAGCAAUUCUUUUGCACAGAUUGUAUUAAAGAACGGCACCUCGAGAGGCUUGAAAUUCAGGGUUCAUGCCCUGUCUGCCGUGGCUGUUGCAACUGUAGAAUCUGCACAAAAUCAAAACCCAAGGAUACCAACUACAUCAAGGAAUUUUAUAGGGAUAAGAAAAAGGUAAGAAAAAGUCGUCUGCUUUAUUAUCUGGUCAAUGCCCUUCUUCCGGUGCUGGAAAAGAUUAUCCAAGACCAGUACAUUGAGUUGGAGGUAGAAGCUAACACAACAGGAAAACCAUAUUCCAUAGUCCAGAUACAACAAGCUACAAUGGGCUUUGAGAAUUCAUAUUGCUGCAGUAAUUGUAAGACUUCCAUUCUAGAUUUCCAUCGCAGCUGCUCAAGCUGCUCUUUUCUACUUUGCAUCAAUUGCUGCUCUGACCUUCGGCAGAGAUAUAAAUCUUUUUCUGGCGUGGAUGAUGGUGAUGUCAGCAUAUCUUGCCCAUCUACUGAAUCUGGUGGCUGCAGUGGUGGUAUUCUUCAAUUAAGAUCUCUGUUUCCUUGCAAUUGGCUUAAAGAGAUAGAAGCCAAUGCUCGGGAAGCAUUAUGCAGCAGCAGAAGGUUUGAUGAAACUAAAGAAGUUGAUAAUAAUGACACUGCAGUAAAUAAUUUGCUCAUGGAGAUGGCUCAAAGGCUCGAUUCGAAUGACAACUUUCUGUACUGUCCAAUUUUGAAGGAUCUUCAAUUUGAAAAUUUUAAUAAGUUUUGGGGGAAGGGACAUCCUGUUAUUGUAAGAAGCGUGCUCCGAAGUUCUUCAGAUCUGUCAUGGGAUCCUGUUUUUAUGUUCUGCACUUAUCUUGAGAAGAGGUCUAAGUUUCCAAAGGAGAAAGAGGCAAAAAGAAAACCAGAUUCCUUGGACUGGUGUGAGGUAGAAAUUGCCACAAAGAAGACAUUUAUGGGCUCAUUGCAAUGGCAAACACAGGCAACUAUUAGGAAGCAGGCGGUUAAGCUUAGAGCAUGGCUUUCUCCCUAUUUAUUUGAAGAACAGUUUCCACUCUAUUAUGUUGAAAUCAUGCGAGCGUUGCCAUUCCAGGAGUAUAUGAAUCCCAAAUCUGGUGCCCUUAAUUUAGCCCUGAAUGUACCAAGGGAGACGCAACCACUUGACCUUGGCCCUUCAAUCUAUAUUUCAUAUGGUGGGUCUGAAGAGCUCGUGAGAACUGAAUUCGCUACUAACCUUUGCUUUGAGCCAUAUGAUGUGGUUAACAUUUUAGCAUAUGCUGCUGAUGCACCCAUUUCUAAAGAACAGCUUUGCAAAGUAAAAACUUUAAUGAAAAAGAAGAUUCACAUGAAGGAUCAGACAGAAACUACAAGCACUUCUACCGAGCAUAGAGGAAAAUCAUCCCUACAGAGUGAAGAUACCGAUGAGUCGGGCUUGCAGGAUGUGAAUGCAGAACAAGUCCAGUUGCCUGAUGCAAUUGCCAAAGUGCCCUUCUACUCGGCUGAUUCACACACAAAAGCCCAAACGGUCCUGGAGGAAAGUAAUAUGCUUACUGAUAGUGAAUGUGAUGCAGGAUCUGAUUCAGACAUCUCAAUUCUCUGCUCUGAAUCAAUUGACAGAUUGACAGAUUCAGAAAAUGAUGAUCCCUUUCACGAAAGUUGUAUGGAAAAAGUGACUGCAAUUUCUGGGGCUCAGUGGGACAUUUUCCGCCGACAAGAUGUACCAAAACUUCUAGAAUAUCUCGGGAAGCACUCUAAGGAGUUCACCUCUUCUUGCUGUUACUCUAAAAAAGUUGUGCAUCCAAUUCUUGAUCAAUGCUUCUUUCUGGAUGCGUAUCAUAAACUGAAGCUUAAGGAGGAAUUCGAUGUACAACCAUGGACCUUUGAGCAACAUCCUGGUGAAGCUGUUACCGUGCCAGCUGGAUGCCCAUAUCAAGUGCGACAACUUAAGUCAUGUGUCAACAUUGUUUUGAACUUUCUAUCACCCGAAAGUGCUGCUGAGUGCAUCCGUUUGACCGAUGAGAUCCGGCUCCUUCCAGGACAUCACAAAGCCAAAAAGAAAUUGAUGGAGGUUAAAAAAAUGGCUAUUUGUAGCAUCCAAGAUGCAGUUGACAAAAUUCAAGAUAUCACUAAUACACGUACUUGAAUCGUUCUGAAAAGUCAAAGCUAUCCAACAUGAAGAUAUCUCAAAGCUUGGCUGGACCGUAUCCCAAAGGAAGAGCUCUCUUGUCCUUUUGUUGUUGAGAAAGCUGCAUUAUAUUAGCUCCUUUUAUACAUAUCUUCGUAAUUGGUUAAUUGAUUUACUAUCCGAACGGGUUUCAUCUUCAUUUUCAUCUCAGUGACUGACAUGAUUAAACAAAGGCAAUAAGAAUUUAUUUGGUGACAAUGUGGGGUUUGACCGGCGAUCUCAUUAGUGGAACUUCUUCAUAUGCUAACAAAAUUUUAUUCACUUGUAAAUUGUUAGGUGUAAUUGUGUAAAUAACAAUAGCUUUCAUUUUCUCUAGGCGUACACAAUUUUGGUACUUGCCAAUUAUUUGGUUUAUUCAUUUGUUAAGCGGGGUUUUAUGCUAUGGUUAUUUCUGGCUAGAAUAAUGAGAAUUAUAUUUCAAGCGAAAA